AUGGCUAUCAGACGCAAGACAUACUCAGAGCUGUGCGUUGGCUAUGCCCAAGUCCCUCGCGGAAUCUUGGUGCGGACACCUCUUGAAGCUCAGGACGCAGUGAAGAGUUUGGGUAAGAACUGCAUUUUUCGAGCUCAAGUUCUAUGUGGGCACUCGGGUAAACUCCUUUUUGAGGAUGGCCUGAGAGGGGGGAUCCAGACAGUCGAGAAUCUAGAACAAGGACUGGAUCUGGCUACGAGAAUGCUCAACCGCCAGGUCACUUCGGAAAAUAUCCACCACCGGUCCUUGACCGUGAACCAAGUUCUGGUCUCCGAAAGCCUGGUCCAUGAAGAUCAGUGGCACUUGGUCAUGACAAUUGACAGAGAGAAUUACUGCCCAGUGGUUAUUAUUUCCAAAUAUAACGAUAGUGCCAGUCAGGAUGAGCAGAUGCCUCAAAAUGUUUCUGAAAAGGAGUUUUCAUUCACCUUUAGCUUCUCCCAAGGCAUCACCGAGGAUCUGGUCUCAAGAAUAUCCACAUCGCUCGGCGUUGGAAGAGAGGAGAUGACAAACCUCGCGGAUGUUCUUACCAACUUGUACAAAAUAUUCCGAGAAAAGGACGCCACGCUGCUGGAAAUCAGCCCUCUGGCGCGACUGAGCACUGGACUCUUCGCAUGUCUCGAUGCCACACUUGUGGUGGACGAUGAUGCAGCAAAGCGGCAGCCAGACAUAUUCCGCCUACGCGAUACGACCCAGGAGGUGCACGAUGAGGUCAGGGCAGAACAGCACAGCCUGGUGUAUAUUAAAAUGGACGGCAACAUUGGAAACAUUGUCAACGGAGCAGGCCUGGCGAUGGUAACGAACGAUGCCAUUGGGCUUCACGGCGGGGCUAGUGCUAAUUUCUUAGACGCCGGGGGUCAGGCGACCAAGGAGACGAUGAUACAAGCUCUCGGAAUCGUCAUGGGAGAUGAGCGGGUAAAAGCGAUAUUGAUUAACAUCUAUGGAGGAAUCACUAGGUGCGACAUGAUUGCCGAAUCCAUCAUUGGAGCCGCGCAGGAGAUGACCCUGGCCGUCCCACUUGUCGUGCGGCUUCAGGGAACUAACUCGACGGAAGGAUUGAAGCUGCUCGCAGAUGCUAGGCUUGGGCUCCAUGUCGAAUCGGAUUUUGGGCGUGCGGCACAGCGAGCUGUUGAGCUGGCUCAGCCGUAG